AUGGGGACCUUGGGAGAUCCUCCCCACCUGGAGCAGCGAGCUCGGAUCCAACCCUCCUCCUUUCUCCCCUAUGCAGACAAGGACCCUCUGGCUCAACGGAAGGUCUCCACCUUGACGAUAAACUUCGGACCGCAGCACCCGGCCGCCCACGGGGUCCUGCGGCUCGUCAUGGAGCUGAGCGGGGAGAGCGUGAAGAAGUGCGACCCGCACAUCGGCCUGCUGCACCGGGGCACCGAGAAGCUCAUCGAGUACAAGACCUACCUGCAGGCCUUGCCCUAUUUUGACCGUCUCGACUACGUGUCCAUGAUGUGCAACGAACAAGCCUACUCCUUGGCCGUGGAGAAGCUGCUCAACAUCCGUCCCCCUCUGAGGGCUCAGUGGAUCCGAGUCCUCUUUGCAGAGAUCACCCGGCUCCUCAAUCACAUUAUGGCUGUCACCACGCACGCGCUGGACAUCGGGGCCAUGACCCCCUUCUUCUGGAUGUUUGAGGAGAGAGAAAAGAUGUUCGAGUUCUACGAGCGGGUCUCCGGGGCUCGGAUGCACGCCGCCUACAUCCGACCCGGAGGGGUGCACCAGGACCUGCCCCUGGGGCUGAUGGACGACAUCUAUGAGUUCGUGAAGAACUUCUCCAUGCGGGUAGACGAGGUGGAAGAGAUGCUCACGAACAACCGCAUCUGGAAGAACCGCACGGUUGACAUCGGGGUCAUCACGGCGGAGGAGGCCCUCAACUACGGGUUCAGCGGGGUGAUGCUGCGAGGUUCGGGCAUCCACUGGGACCUGCGCAAAACGCAGCCCUACGACGUGUACGACCAGGUGGAGUUCGACGUCCCCAUCGGCUCGCGGGGCGACUGCUACGACAGGUACCUGUGCCGCGUCGAGGAGAUGCGCCAGUCCCUCCGCAUCAUCCUGCAGUGCCUCAACAAGAUGCCCGAGGGGGAGAUCAAAGUGGACGACGCCAAAAUCUCCCCCCCGAAGCGGGCGGAGAUGAAGUCCUCCAUGGAGUCCCUGAUCCAUCACUUCAAGCUCUACACCGAGGGCUACCAGGUGCCCCCCGGUGCCACCUACACGGCCAUCGAAGCCCCCAAGGGUGAAUUCGGGGUCUACCUGGUCUCGGAGGGCAGCAGCCGCCCCUACCGCUGCAAGAUCAAGGCGCCCGGCUUUGCUCUCCUUAGGCUGGGCUGGAUAGGAUGUCACAGGGCCACAUGCUGGCAGACGUCGUGGCCAUCAUCGGAACGCAGGACAUCGUCUUUGGAGAAGUGGACCGGUGAGACGGUGGCCUGUGCCGCGCGCUGCCCCGCGUGCCGGGACUGCUGCUCCUCUGCGUUGCCCUCCGAGUUCUUCAACCGAAGUCAAAUAAAGACAAAACUGCCCUGCCUGUUGCUCAGCUUGGAGCUGGGAAACCAGCCUGCAGCGCCGGGUGAGUUCCCUAACGCGACGUGA